GUCCCACAGCCAAAGUCUCCUGCUCAAAGUGAAUGGGUAGGGCUUCCAACAUGGCACUGGAAGCCCCUCUCCUCUCCCAGAACCCUCUCCUUUCUGGGUGCAAGGCUGUAGGGGGGUCACACGGAGGGCAGGGCCAGAUACACUGAGGCACAGAUGUCCCUUUGGCUACUGACUGGGGGUGCUUCCUGCUUUGGCUGUGAUCACGUCGUGUGCAUAGGUGAGCGCAGGGUAACCGCCAGGCAGGUGCUAUUGCCACCUCAUUUUACAGACAAGGAAACAGGUUCAGGUGACACAAACUCUCAGGUCAGUGUAAACUGUGGGCAGACCCUGACUCCCAACCCUGCCCUGGGGGUCUGGUCUGGCCAUAACACUUUAGGCCCCUGGACGCCCAGCCAUGCUGCUCAGGACAGCUGUCCACAAAUAAGUGCUUUUUCAUAGACGAACUGCAGACUGAGUGAUGGAUGGACAUGGUCAAGGUGUCUGGCUGCUGCCCCACGCCCGCAGUGACGGGUUGCACAAGCUGGGCUCCUGCUGGUAGCCCUGGGCCAUGCUGACCUCUCAGCCAGGUGGGGACAGAGGCCUUGGGAGAAGUGGCUGCAGCCGGUGCUGUCUGCACUUCCCCAGCUGGUGCUGCCACCAGGCAGGGCUGUGUGGCAGUAGGCAUGACGAGUGGGGCCUGACCUUCGAUCUGAAGUUGCCGGGCAGGUGGGGGCUGACCUGGGGCAGGGGCCCCUUGUGGACACUUUUACAACCUAGUGUACCUCAUCAGCAAGGGGAGGGGCUGGCCAGGGGGCCGCUCUCCAAUUAGAGCAGUCAGCCCAUGGGGCCGCAGGUUGAUAACCCAGCAAAGUCCCCACCAGCUGCCCAGUGCAGGCAUGGCUCCUGGCCUCGCACCCUCUGCUCUGACCAUGCUUCUGCCCAGCCACCUCCUGCCCACUCUGGUCCUGCUCCUGGGUGAGUCAUCAGGCUGGGCCUGGGUCCCCAACCUCUGCAGGACCCCCAGCGAGGCCAUGUGCAACUUCGUGUGUGACUGCAGCAGCUGCUCGGACGAGACCCAGUGUGGUUACGAUGGGACCUCACCCCCCCCGGGUGCCCCCUUCACCUGCGACUUCGAACAGGACUCCUGUGGCUGGCGAGACAUCAGCACCUCAGGCUACAGAUGGUUCCGAGACCGGGCAGGGGCUGUGUCAGAGGGCCCAGGGCUCCAUUCAGACCACACUCUUGGCACUGACCUGGGCUGGUAUGUGGCGGUUGGCAUCCACCGUGGGAAAGAGGCGUCCACCGCAGCCCUGCGCUCCCCUGUCCUACACGAGGCGGCCCCCACCUGUAAGCUGAGGCUGUGGUACCACGCAGCCUCUGCAGAUGUGGCUGAGCUGCGGCUGGAGCUGACCCAUGGAACGGAGACACUGACCCUGUGGCAAAGCUCGGGACCUUGGGGCCCAGGCUGGCAGGAGCUGGUGGUGGCCACCGGCCGCAUCCGGGGUGACUUCCGGGUGACCUUCUCUGCCACCCGCAAUGCCACCCACAGGGGCGCUGUGGCGUUGGAUGACGUAGCUUUCUGGGGCUGUGCACUGCCCACCCCCCAGGCGCGCUGCCCUCUGGGGCAUCACCAUUGCCGGAACAAGGCUUGCGUGGAGCUCCACCAGCUGUGCGAUGGGGACGACAACUGUGGGGACAGUUCAGAUGAGGACACGCCCACCUGCAGCCACCACAUGUCCACGGACUUUGAGACGGGCCUGGGCCUGUGGAAGCUCUCUGAGGGCUGGACUCGGAACCACAGCGCUGGUGGCCCUGCGCGCCCUGCCUGGCCUCGCCGCGACCACAGCCGGAACAGCGCUCAGGGCUACUUCCUGGUGUCCAUGGCCGAGCCCGGUGUCCCUGCCGUCCUCUCCAGCCCCGAGUUCCAAGCACCGGGCCCCUACAACUGCUCUCUCGUCUUCUAUUACUACCUGCACGGGGCUGAGACCAGCUGUCUCCAGCUAUUCCUGCAGACUCAGAGCCCCAGUGCCCCCCAGGUCCCCAUUCUGCUGCGUAGGCGCCAUGGGGAGCUGGGGGCCGCCUGGGUCCGAGACCGAGUUGACAUCCAGAGCGAGCACCCCUUCCGGAUUCACCUGGCAGGGCACACGGGUCCAGGAGGUGUCGUGGGCCUGGACGACCUCAUCCUGUCUGACUGCUGCAAACCAGUCCUGGAGGUUUCCCACCCACCUCCUGGGCCCUGGACCCCAGCAUCCUGGCCCGCCCCGUCCAGCCUGCAGCCCCAAGGGGUCUGUGAGCCAGGACAUCUUUCUUGUGGUGACCUGUGUGUCCCCCCGGAGCAGCUGUGUGACUUCCAACAGCAGUGCGAGGGGGGCGAGGAUGAGCAGGAGUGUGGCACUACAGACUUCGAGCCUCCCACGGCCGGGGGCUGGGAGGACGCCAGCGUGGGACGGCUUCAGUGGGGGCGUCUCCUGGCCCAGGACAGCGGGGACUCUGGCACCAGUGGAGCUGCUGCUGGGCACUUCCUGUCCUUGCAGAAGGCCUGGGGCCAGCUGACAGCGGAGGCCCGGGUCCUCACACCCCCCCUAGGCCCCUCAGGCCCCCACUGUGAACUCCACUUGGCUUACCAUUUUCAAAGUCACCCCCAAGGCUUCCUGGCACUGGUCGUGGUGGAGGGCAGCACCCGGGAGCUGGUGUGGCAGGCCCCGAGCAGCAACAGCGGCAGCAGCAGGAGGGGCUGGAAGGUGGACACAGUCCUUCUGGGGGCACGCCGCCGGCCCUUCCAGCUGGAGUUUGUCGGCCUGGUGGACUUGGAUGGCCCUGGCCAGCAAGGCGCUGGGGUGGACAACGUGAUCAUGAAGAACUGCAGUACCUCAGUGGCCACCAAGAGAGACACAGAGGUCUCCUGUAAUUUUGAGCGGGACAUGUGUGGCUGGCACACGGGCCACCUCACAGAUGCCCACUGGCACCGGAUGGAGAGCCGUGGCCCUGGAUAUGACCACACCACAGGCGAAGGCUACUUUGUGCUCCUGAACCCCACGGACCCCCCAGCCCGGGGCCCUGGUGGGCACCUGCUCACCCAGCCCCAGAUGCCAACAGCUUCUGAGGAGUGUCUCUCCUUCUGGUACCAUCUCCACGGGCCCCAGAUUGGGACACUGCGCCUAGUGAUGAGACAGGAUGGGAAGGCAGACACGUACCUGUGGUCACAGUCAGGCACCCAUGGCAAUUGCUGGCAUGAGGCCUGGGCCACUCUCCACCACCAGAUGGACUCUGGUGCUCAGUACCAACUGCUGUUCCAGGGCCUCCGGGAUGGGUACCAUGGCACCAUGGCACUGGAUGACGUGGCCUUGCGGCCCGGGCCCUGUUGGGCCCCCAAGCGCUGCUCCUUUGAAGACUCAGCCUGCGGCUUCUCCACUGGGGGCCUCUGGACACGCCAGACCAAUACCACUGGCCGUGCCGCCUGGGGCCCCAGCACUGACCACACCACAGAGACCGCUCAGGGGCACUAUAUGGUGGUGAACACAAGCCCACAGACACUGCCACGAGGCCACAUUGCCUCCCUGACCUCAGAGGAGCACAGGCCCCUGGCCCAGCCCUCCUGCCUGACCUUCUGGUACCACCUGAGCCUCCAAAAUCCAGGUACCCUGCAGGUCCACGUGGAGGAGGCUGAGAGACGACAGGUGUUCAGCAUCAGUGACCACGGAGGGCUUGCCUGGCGCCUGGGCAGCGUGGACGUGCAGGCCCAGCGGGCCUGGAGGGUGGUGUUCGAGGCCGUGGCUGCUGGGGUAGAGCGCUCCUACAUGGCGGUGGAUGACCUGCUCCUCCAGGACGGACCCUGCCCUCGGCCAGCUUCCUGUGACUUUGAGACUGGCCUGUGUGGCUGGAGCCAUCUGCCCUGGCCUGACCUGGGCAGGUACAGCUGGGACUGGAGCAGUGGAGCCACACCCUCCCGCUACCCCCAGCCCCCUGUGGACCACACUCUGGGCACUGACGCAGGCCACUUUGCUCUCUUUGAAACCAGUGUGCUGGGCCCAGGGGGCCGGGCGGCCUGGCUGCGCAGCCAGCCUCUGCCUGCCACCGAGGCCUCCUGCCUCCGCUUCUGGUACCAGAUGGGCUUUCCUGAGCAAUUCUACAAGGGCGAGCUGAGGGUGCUCCUGAGAAGUGCCCGUGGCCAGCUGGCUGUGUGGGGCGCAGGCGGGCACCGGCGGCACCAGUGGCUGGAAGGCCAGGUGGAGUUGGCCAGCAGCGAAGAGUUCCAGAUCGUGUUUGAAGCCACUCUGGGCGGUCAGCCAUCCCUGGGGCCCAUUGCCCUGGACGACAUUGAGUAUCUGGCCGGGCAGCGUUGCCAGCUGCCUGCACCCAGCCAGGGGGACACGGCAGUGGCCACUUCAGUGCCGGCCGCAGUCGGCGGCGCCCUCCUCCUCCUCGUGCUCCUGGUGCUGCUCGGACUCUUGGGGCGGCUCUGGCUGCGGAAGAAGGGGGGCUGCCCCUCCCCGGGCAGGACUGUGGCCGCGGCCCCCGGCUUUGACAACAUUCUCUUCAAUGCGGAUCAGGUCACCCUGCCUGCGUUGGUCACCCACAACCCAUAGACGACCCAGAGAAGACGAGCGCCCCCCCAAUCCUGUCAGCCCUGCCCCCCCCAGGCAGGCUAAGCUUCACAUCCCUGACCCUGCACAGAAUGCCACCCAGUGCCCGGGUACAGCCCUCACCCCAAUAAACACCCCAAC